GGUGCUUGGGAAAAAUUUAAAAGAUCCUCUUAUCCGUGGAGAAGGCCGCAGGAUCGAGCCAGCCACUCCUGCCGACAAUCCAUUGACGGACGGAUAGCUCGAUGGAUGGAUAGACGGAUGGAUAUCGGUUAUAAUUCGCCGCAUUGUCGCCUCUGCCUCCUCCUUCCCCUCUUACAGGUCUAAAUAGAUUGUCGUUGUUGUCCUUGUGAGUAACAAUGGUUCACCCGGUGGCCGAGGCCGACGAGCGGAGCCCCUUCGGCCAGCUGACAGCGUCGGAGUUCUACGCGCGGCACUCCGUCUCCCACGGUUCCUCGUCGUUCGUCAACCCCCGGGGCCUCCGCAUCUUCACCCAGUGGUGGGCUCCGGUCCCCCCGGCCGAGGUCGUCGGCACCAUCGGCGUCGUCCACGGCUUCACCGGGGAGUCCAGCUGGCUCGUCCAGCUCACCGCCGUGUACUUCGCCAAGGCAGGCUUCGCGAUGGGGGCCCUCGACCACCAGGGCCACGGCUUCUCCGACGGCCUUGUCGCCCACAUCCCGGACAUCGAGCCCGUUGUGGACGACUGCAUCGCCUUCUUCGACGCCUUCCGCGCCCGCUACCCGCCGGGGCUGCCCUGCUUCCUCUACGCGGAGUCGCUGGGCGGGGCGAUCGCGCUGCUCAUCCACCUCCGGGAGCGGAAGAGGGCUCAAAAUCAAAACGAGGGUGGCGUCCCCCUCCAUGAUGAGUGCCGGAGCUUUCGGGAUUGGGACGGGUUGGUCCUCAACGGAGCCAUGUGCGGCAUCAGCCCCAAGUUCAAGCCCCCCUGGCCCCUGGAGCACUUGCUGUGGGUUGCCGCCGCCCUGGUGCCCACGUGGCGGGUGGCCGUCACGCGGGGCUCUAUCCCGGACGUCUCCUUUAAGGUGGAGUGGAAGCGUCGGCUGGCGUUGGCGAGCCCCCACCGGACGGUGGCGCCGCCACGGGCGGCGACGGCGCUGGAACUGCUGCGGGUUUGCCGGGAGGUUCAGGGGCGCUACGAGGAGGUGGCGCUGCCAAUGCUGAUCGUGCACGGAGGGGACGACGUCGUGUGCGACCCGGCUUGUGUGGAGGAGCUUUACCGCCGGGCGGGCAGCAAGGACAAGUCCCUCCGCAUCUACCCCGGGAUGUGGCACCAGCUAGUCGGGGAGCCUGACGAGAACGUCGAGCUCGUCUUCGGCGAGAUCCUCGACUGGCUCAAGGCCCGAGCGCUGCGGGCUGCCUCCCAGCCCCAGCAGGAGCGGGUUGAAGGCGAAGCUGCUGCUUUCUAAUUUCUGUGAAUCUUCAUGUGAUGAAGUUGGUGAUUUCAAGAAGACAGGAAUGUUCUAUUACCUGUUUGCUUAUAUGUCUCUUAAAAAAAGGUAUUUGUUAGGACCUCCGUAUUUCAGCUUUUGGCUCGCUUUAGCAUGCAUAAAUAAAUCAUUGUAUGUGCAA